AUGGAGCCCGUAGCGAUAGUGACUGGAGCGACACGAGGGAUCGGACAGGCCGUGGUACGGGAGUUGUCCCGGCAUGGCCUUAGUUGUAUCGCGGUCGGGUCCUCCUGGGAUUCCGCACGGAGGGUCGCACCAGGAUCGCACCUCCACUUCACGACUCACUCGCAGAGACACACCGCGCUAGCGGUGGACCUUGCGCAGUGGCCGCAGUGGACACGAGGGACACGUUCAAGGGCGUUCGUUGGCGCAGUGAGGACAACUGCGAGGAGGGGGAGGUUCUCGCUGUUCCCGCGCGCACGACGGGGGCAAGAUGCCCAGUACGUCAACUUGCUUGUGAACUGUGCUGGUGUGACACAGCGGGCACUUAGCGUCAACACUCCAGCGGAGGUCGCCCAGAGGAUCGUCAACGUUAACCUCAUGAGUAUGUUCACACUGUGUAACGUGGCGACGAAACAUAUGAUCCGGGCUGGGAGGCGCCGGGGCAGUUCUCUACUGGAAGUUACACCGAGCCCCUGUAUCAUCAAUGUGUCUUCGUUGCUGGGGGAGACAGGGCACGCGUUACCUGGGACGAGCGUCUACGCAGCGACGAAGGCGGCCAUCACGCAGUAUACGGCUGCGAUUGCACAGGAAACGGCCACUUGGGGGGUUCGAGCGUUGAGUAUCGCACCGGGCGUAGUAUCAGACACGGAUAUGGUUCGUGGACUCGACCAAGCCGCGCGAGAACAACUCGUGCAGGCACUUAUGGGACUCCCGGAGUGCACCACGGAGGAUAUCGCCCGACAAGUCUGGUCCAUGUACGAGGGGGAGUCUCAGUCUGGCUCACUGUGA